GUUCGGUUCCCUGAUCGCCGCCCAUCCCAGACGGUCCCCUCGAUUUCACUUCCGGUGGGAGUUGCCUCUGCAGCCACAGGUCCGUGCGCCCCACUGGCCCGCCUGGGCCCCUCCCGAGCGCGGUCCCUGGGGCCGUACUGGUGGCACCGAGAGGGCAGAGGCAUGGAGCCAGUCCGCAGCCCGCUGACCACACACGUGCUGGACACUGCCUCCGGGCUCCCAGCCCAAGGCCUCUGCCUCUGUCUGUCGAGGCUCGAGGACCAUGGCCAGCAGUGGACAGAACUGAGAAGAAGCUACACCGACCCCGAUGGCCGCUGCCCUGGGCUCCUGCUGCCAGGCCAGAUGAAGGCGGGCACCUACAAGCUGACCUUCGACACAGAGAGUUACUGGAAGAAAAGGGGGCAGGACAGCUUCUACCCUUAUGUGGAGGUCGUUUUCACCAUCACAAACGAGACCCACAAGUUCCACGUCCCCCUGCUGCUGAGCCCAUGGUCCUACACCACCUACCGAGGGAGCUGACCGCCCGCUGGUCCGAGAGCCUACGCAGCCAUCCACAGAGGCUCCCUGCUCCUCAUGGGGCCUCAGGUCCUGCUUCCCGGGGGGGGGAUCUGGACCCCAAGUCCUAGUGGCGCUGUGACUUGGGCACCAAUAAAGUCUGUGGCACCUGCA